CACCGUCGGGGUCAAGUGAAAUCAAUUGCGAAGUUUAGCAGGAAUCAAUUGAUGGAAACACGUAAGAGAGAGAGAAGGAGUCGAACGGGGAGACGAGGUGGAUGCAUUAACGUAUUUGUGUUCGUUGUUAGAGGAAGCUCGGAGGCUCGUCUAACGACGUACGCGUUAAAAUUAAAUCCAGCCGGAGGCCGACGUCUACGUCUUGCCGACGGCGACGACGACGGCGACGUCGCGACGAGAUGCGUCCUCUAGCUCAGUCUCAAGAGCACACCCCGGCUGUACGGGUGUUCUUCGAUCUUGAAACUUUUUUUUUCCUCACUUUUCCUCUCAUUCGUCGUGCUUUCGUCGUCCGAGCUCAGCGGUAAAUACGUUCCACGUCUUCGUUUCGCAAUCGGCGGCCCGAGUUGGUGCAGAUUCCCUCGUUAAGAUAACAUCCGUUACCGAACUCUUCUCUUUCUCUCUCCUACCGUUUCUGCCUUCGCUCGAGCACGAGAUGGAUCGAGACGACGAGGAUUUUGGAGAGGGUUUCAUCGCGGAAUCUCAUCCACUUAGGCCAACACAUCUUUCCGUCCCUCUCGGUGGUCGAUCUGAUUCCAGAGCACCAAGUAUCAGCAGCAGUGUCAGUGAUCUGGAUGCCCCAAUUUAUACCAGAGAAACCACUAUACCUGUAUCAGCUCGAAAAGGUCUCACUGGGCGGUUAGCGUUUGCUAUUACGGCUGCUGCACUUGGAUCAUCGUUUCAGCAUGGGUACAACACCGGUGUCGUUAAUGCACCGCAGCAGCUUAUCGAGGGAUGGAUCAGCGAGGUGAAAAUGAAUCGAACCGGUCACGUAACGAAACAAUCCGAAGUGACGAUAAUAUGGGCGACAGCGGUGGCAAUAUUCUGCGUGGGCGGUAUGAUCGGUGGCUCAUUGGUGGGAACGAUAGCCGAUCGUUUUGGCAGAAAGGGUGGUUUGUUACUCAACAACGUCCUAGUCCUUCUGGCAGUGAUCUUCCAGGGCUGUGCAAAGACAGCGAAGAGUUAUGAAAUGAUAAUCAUCGGAAGAUUCAUAAUUGGUAUCAAUGCUGGACUGAACGCUGGUUUGGCGCCCAUGUAUCUGGCUGAAAUAUCGCCUAUUCACCUGCGAGGGGCCGUUGGUACCGUGUACCAAUUAGUCAUUACUAUAUCUAUACUGGUAGCGCAGAUCCUUGGUUUGGAGCAAAUAUUGGGCACGGAAGAUCACUGGCCGCUUCUUUUAUGUCUGACGAUCGUCCCCGCCAUCUUUCAAGUAGCCACGCUUCCGUUGUGCCCUGAAAGUCCAAAGUUUCUGCUGCUCGGCAAAGGAAAGGACAUGGAAGCUCAGAGAGCCUUGUCUUGGCUGCGAGGCACGAUCGAAGUUCACGACGAGAUGGAGGAAAUGAGGGCGGAAUAUGAAUCGGUGAAACUCGUGCCAAAGGUUACGCUUAAGGAGCUGUUCGUAAAUUCAGCGCUCAGGAUUCCAUUGAUAAUCGCGCUUAUGGUGAUGUUCGCCCAGCAACUGUCCGGUAUCAACGCCGUGAUGUUCUUCUCGACCAAGAUUUUCAUGAUGGCGCAGUUGGAUAAAUUUGCCGCCCAAAUAGCGACGAUGGUCGUCGGGGCGGUGAACGUCUUUAUGACAUUCGUUUCUUUGAUACUCGUCGAAAAAGCUGGAAGAAAAACGCUGCUCUUGGUUGGCUUUGUCGGAAUAUUCGUCAGCACCGUCUUACUUACCAUUUGCCUUGCCUUCGCUGCAUCGUCUAGCGCGGCAGCUUACUUCUCGAUCAUACUGGUGGUUUUGUUCGUAGCUUUGUUUGCUACAGGACCAGGAAGUAUUCCGUGGUUCUUGGUAUCCGAACUGUUCAAUCAGUCCGCGAGACCAGCGGCCACGUCCGUCGCAAUAGCGGUGAAUUGGACGGCGAAUUUCAUCGUCAGUAUAGGAUUCCUACCGUUGCAAGAGGGACUGGGUGCUUACGUAUUCGUUAUAUUCGCCGCGCUGCAAGCAUUUUUCGUAUUCUUCAUUUACAAGAAAGUGCCCGAAACGAAGAACAAAACGGCGGAGGAGAUCAGCAGCAUGUUCCGGCAAAUAUCGUACCAGUAAGAGUUCGCCUGACAUCGUUACACUUAAAUAACUGAAUGAAAAAGAAACAAUUUUUUAAAAGAACAUUUUCAUAGACGAAUAAAUCGAACGCGAACAUGAAAUUCAUUGAUGAAUUCGUGACUUGACUAUGGUAAACGUUCUUAGAACGAACGGUGAAUGCAACUCGUAUCAUCCGCUUUAAUUUACGCGUCGGCCAUUGCGUUUUACCAAAAAAAAUUCGAGAAUAUUAAAUUAUUUUUAAACGAAAUGUUGUUCGGAAAAUGUGUAAUCUCAACAAUAUAACGAAUUAAAUCCACGCAGUUGUUGUUAACUUAGUUUAUUCUGUAUGUGUCACGGAUGCUGUCGAGUCGCGCACAUACUCUCGAAGGAGUUUAAUUUUUUAUUAGACUUAAAUCUAGUUCCUAUCGUUACCGACACAGUAAACUUAUCGUAACAAAACGGGAAAAUAUCAGGUUAAGAGAAACGGACCCAACGUUACGAAUUACUAUUCGUUUAGUGUAAUAAAUUUAUGCGGUUCCUUUUAACUCUUUUUACAGACAGUGAAUUUUAAACGGAAAUGUUAUAAAGUCAUGACUUAUCGAAGACUCUUUAAAAUCUAGAGGGUUAAACACAGCUCAGUUUCAGAAAGACAAAUAUUUUUCUUAUAAAAUUAUAUUCGUAUGUAUAUGUUGUAUAUAUGUACACACAUAAGAAGAUAAAAAUCAUGUUACUGUGCUUAAAAGGGAGUUAAGGAACGAUAUUAUUUAAUUACGUUGAUACUAAAUAACUCUAGUCAUAAGAGUACGAUUUUUGCAUUGACAUAACAUCCGAGAAAUUCCACUGUGACGUAUAUUUUCCUAAAACCGUCAUGUAUUUCGUAUUGCUAAAAGUGUUUUUUGUAACAGAAGUUCAAAUCACUGUAAACUACGCUUAAACCUUCCUGAAAUGGCUAAAAGAAAUUCGACUGAAAAGUCGACCUAUUCGAAACAAUUUACGAGUCCAAAUAUACAUAUUUACCUGGUACGAGAAAAAAUGUUAUUUGAAACUGUUAGAAUUUAUGAUUAAUUAUCAUUUUGUUAUUUUAAACGAGUAUUUUCUGAUGAACAAUUUUUUAAAGUUUUAUUUGUUGAAUAUAAAAGUUUUAACAUAAUUCUGUUAUGCGAGUUGCGGCAGAAAUAUUAUCGAAAUGAGAAAAAAAAAAAUCAAGUACUAUAACAAUUGUACAUAGAAAUAUACAUAGAGAGUAGCAUCGCGUAGCGUAGAAAAUAAUUAUAUUUAUGUAUGCAUGUAAUUAGUUAAUGUUUAAAUGCUGUAAACCAUUGUUACUAUAUUUAUUAGAUAUUUAAUUAAUGUACCAUAAGCGGUAACGAGAGACGAUGUUUAAAUAUCGUACGCAUAAGCUUAGGGGAAAAAGGCGACGCCAUCGCGAUAAAAAUCGCGGAUCGACGAGAUGCAAUUUUUUUUUGUUAAUCGUAUAUGCAUCUUUAGAUUCGAAUAAUACUCAAACAUAGCUAGACUUUUAAUACCGAAUUAUUCGGAAGUUAUGUGUUUUUAUGGUGUGUGCUGGUGAACGUUACAAUACGACACAAUUUCUUUCACCGAUAAUGUCUCUUUUUAAUCUCAGACGUUCAGACGCAUCAAAACCACCCUCGAUAGAAUUUAAAAACUAGGUAUAAGAUAGAUCUAAGCUUAGUUUACAUCGGGGCUUAUAAUUCUACCAUAACGAUUUAGUAAAUAAUACCCAUAAUAAAAUUCAGUUUCUGGGACGAUUCAUACACGAGAAAAUGAUUAGGAACGAUUAUAUCAUAUUUUUUUAAAUAUAACUACUGAACGAUAUUCAUGACAUUGUAUAAUUAUUAUUUUGAAAACGGUGAUCGUAUUGGUGACGUUUAAAAAGUCGAUAAAUGCAAGCUAUGGUCGACUAGAAAUUAAAUAAUAUUGUGAGAUAAAUAAGAAUGCAUCAUUUUAAUUGUUUAGUGACUUUUAAAAGUACACGGAUAUACUACAUUAAUCAAAAUAGGUUAAAUACAAUAGUAACGUAUGUCGCGAUAUACUGUUUAUUUUGUUUACCAAGCUAACCCACGAAAAACUUCGGAUUACUGUUAUUUAAUUAACGAAAGGCUAGACUCUAGUAAAUAACAAUAAAGCUAUUAUGCUGUUUAUAAAUUUGACAAACAAGGGCUCGAUCGGGCUGACGUGUAUGAGUUUUGUUCUCGAUACAUUAAAAAUUAAUUUGCAGGGGUAAUAAAUUUUUUUGUAUACAUUUAAAACUUUUACGUCCAAAUCGAAAAUUCUAUAAUCAAAGUUUAUUGCACGUAUGUUUUGGUAUCGCAAGGACACCGAUUUUAGUUAAAAAACGAGUACAACGCAAUAUAAUGUUUAUAAUUAAGUCUAAAAUUUACCUUCAUGGAUUGUAUCGUAUAAGUUUUUCACGGUACAAUUAUAGCAUUUAGUGUUUAGCUUCUUCAUCUUUUAUAUGCAAAACCUGUAUCAAUUUUCUCUUUGAGAGACGAUCAUACAUAUCCGAAAAAAAUGUAAUCGAAUAACCCAUAAACUCGUAUGCUCAAAGUUUGUCAUGUCUAUUACUGUUAGUCUGUAUAUUAGACGUUCAUCGUUCAUGAUCAUUAAAAUUAUUUAAAAUAUACUUUCGCUUAGUCCAUCGAUUUCACGGUUUUCUCAUAGAACAGUACAAGAAUAUGUAACGCAUUAUACACUGUAAUUUUUGAUGCCAAUAUACAAAUUAUCGAAAUAAACAUUUUAUGAGACAUUAUUGCCAAUAAAUGUAGUGAUCGUAAAUGUAGAGUCACAUUGUCUUCUAUAUGUUGCUACACAUGCGUGAUCAAAUUCAUGUUUCAUAAUACUGUUUAUUGAACUUUUUAAAGAGGUACAUGUUACGAAAAUAAAUAGAUAGUUUUCAAUGACGCAUUCAUGCAUUAUCGAAA